CCACGACGCACCAGACGAGGCCGAGCCCGCGGAGGCACACCCGUCACCACCCACCCUUACAGCAAUGCCGCCACACACCGAGGCCAAGGACGAGAUACCGCCCUCACCGACCACACCCCCUCUCGUCUACGCCACGCAGCCUGCCGGCGAGGCCACAGAGGAGACGCCACAGCCCGCACCAGAUACCCCUGCUUCGCGGGCUGACCAAACCCAGCACCUACCGGCCGCAGCCACGCAGGAAGACCCCGGUGCAUCCGCUGCCCCGCGCGCCGCCGCCAGAGAGGAGACACCGCAGCCACUACCACACAUCCCAUACCCGCCGGCCGCAGCCGCGACGAUGGCACCACACCACCCGGUCCAUCCCCUGCACCACGCACACCACACGCAGCUGUACCAGCUACCGCCCUCAUCCCCGCCCACACUCCCUCCUGUGCCGUUGAUGUACGGCACCAACAUGGCGGCCCACCAGGUGCAUUACAAGUUCGGCCACGCCAAGGUCGUCACCUCCCCCACCUGGCGGGCGGCAAAGUCGAGGACGGGUGGCACAAGAACCCACUGACGGCGCAGUGGGAAUGGUGGGAGGAGAGCGACGAAGGAGAGGGCCAGUACGAGAUCAGGGGGGCCUGUGUGCAGGUUGUGCAUGCGGGCUGUCGUCGGUCAUCAAUCGCCGCCUACAUUUUAUAUUUGCAUGUCUCGUCAGACAUUCGGCUACGUUCUCACGGCCUUUCACGUCGCUGACAGACACCAGCGGCUGUGGUGAGUGAGUGGGUGAAUGAGUGAGUGAGAUGGGUUGGUUGGCUGCUCUGAG